AUGCUCGCGGUUUGGAUCGGGUCUCAGGCCGACGAGGCUUUUCAGGAGGCUUGGCUGUCCGAUUCCGGUGGAUUGUUACCUGAGACGCGAGCUAAAGUGUAUCUGUCUCCCAAGCUUUGGUAUCUGAGGUUAACGGUCAUCCAAACCCAGGAUUUGAAAUUUGCCUCUGAAACCGAGGCUAAGGUUCGAACUCCAGAGCUCUGCGUUAAGGCUCAGCUCGGCGCCCAGGUUUUUAAAACAGGGAGAACCUCAUCCGGCUCGGCUAACCCAACGUGGAACGAGGACCUCGUGUUAGUAGCAGCCGAGCCGUUUCAGCCCUUUCUUGUUUUAAUAGUGGAGGACGUGUCAAAUUCGAAAACAGUUGGGCAUGCGAAAGUCCACGUGGCAACCAUCGAGCGGAGAACUGACGAUCAAAUUGAGCUGAAAUCCAGAUGGUUCAACCUAUACAGCGAAGACGAGAGUCGUUCGUAUGCAGGCAGGAUUCACGUCCGAGUAUGCCUGGAAGGUGGGUAUCACGUGAUAGACGAAACGGCUCACGUCACCAGCGAUGUUCGAGCCUCGGCCAAACAACUCACAAAGCCCCCUAUCGGUUUGCUAGAGGUUGGGAUUCGUGGCGCGACAAACCUUCUUCCUGUCAAGACCAUUGAUGGAACACAUGGCACCACAGACGCUUUCGUGGUGGCCAAAUACGGUCCCAAAUGGGUCCGAACACGAACUAUUAUGGACCAGUUCAACCCGCGAUGGAACGAACAAUACACUUGGGAUGUUUACGACCCUUGCACGGUGCUCACCAUUGGAGUGUUUGAUAACGGGAGAUACAAGACUGGGGAAGACGGAAAACCUAACAGAGACUGUCGAAUUGGGAAAGUUCGUGUGCGGUUGUCCACACUGGAGACGAACAGGGUAUACGCAAACUCGUACUCCUUGGUCGUUCUGUUGCCAGGUGGUGCGAAGAGAAUGGGAGAGAUAGAGAUUGCGGUGAGAUUUUCAUGUUCCUCAUGGUUGAGUCUCAUACAGGCCUACGCAAGCCCAAUUUUACCACGAAUGCACUACGUUCGUCCGUUUGGCCCUGCCCAGCAAGACAUCUUGCGCCAAACAGCCAUGAGGAUAGUAACGGCGAGGCUGGCCCGGUCCGAACCGGCUUUGGGUCAGGAAGUUGUUCAGUUCAUGUUGGACUCUGAUACGCACAUGUGGGGCAUGAGGCGUAGCAAGGCGAACUGGUUCAGAGUGGUGAGAUGCCUCUCACGUGCGGCGACGCUACUAGGUUGGGUGGAUGGGAUCCGCACGUGGGUACACCCUCCAAUGACGCUUCUGGUCCACAUGCUGCUUGCAGCGACCGUACUGUGUCCAUACCUAGUGCUUCCCACUGUAUUCUUGUGCGCAUUUCUGAUUUUACUGUUGAGAUUCCGUUACAGACAGAGGGUCCCUGGAAACAUUGAUGUGAGGAUGUCAUACGUGGACAUGGUGAGCCUGGACGAGCUGGACGAGGAGUUCGACGGGUUCCCGACGACGCGCCCAGCGGAGGUGGUUAAGAUGAGGUACGACAGGGUGCGCGCGGUAGCGGGGAGGGCGCAGACAUUGCUAGGUGACGUGGCGGCACAGGGGGAGCGCUUGGAAGCUCUGUUUAGCUGGCGGGACCCACGUGCCACGGGGAUAUUUGCGGUGGUCUGUUUGAUGAUGUCGUUGCUGUUCUACGCGGUGCCGUUUAGGGGCCUUGUGUUGGUGGCUUUGUUCUACUACCUUCGCCACCCAAGGUUCCGCGACGACAUGCCGUCUAUUCCGACAAACUUCUUCAGGCGACUUCCGUCCUUUUCUGAUCAGAUUAUGUGA